UUCCUUUUUGAAUCUCGUCAACCCACCACCCAAAGCAGAACACUCUCGCACAACAAAAAACGCGAAGAUCUGGAGCACUUUUUGUGUUGUUGAUGGCCACAACGAGGAGGUGGUGGCAAGCGAUCAUUACCCGCCCGUCGUCCGUCGCACCAAGGCCGCGUGCGGAACGCAAGUUACAACAGCAGUAGUGUAUCAAAUUAGCAGCAACCGUGAAGAUAGGCAAAUCGUCGUCGUUCGUUGGGGGCGAUCGACGAGUUGGUGGCCGUCGUUCGUUGAGAUCAGUUCAGUCGCAAAAGUCGUGAAGCUGACGAAGUAGUGAAAGGAGUUGCUCCUGUUGCCGCUGUCGAAAAAGAGAAAGUCGUCUGCACGAGAUUAAAUCUUAUUGCCACUUUCUUCGUGUGGUAAUCUCCUGGGGAAGAUGGCCAAUCUUCUCGGGAUUUGUUUGUUGGUUCUCUCGACGGGAAUCGCCAUUGCCGCCGCCCACCGGAAUGUGCUGCUACUGUUGGCGGACGACGGUGGAUUUGAAAUUGGUGCCUACCGGAACAAAAUCGUCCAGACUCCGGCGCUGGAUGCCCUGGCGAAACAGAGUCUCAUCUUCAACAAUGCAUACGCUUCGGUUAGCAGUUGCUCUCCUUCGAGGGCUUCAAUCCUGACUGGAAUGCCGGAACAUCAGAACGGCAUGUAUGGGCUACACAACGGAGUGCACAACUUCAACGCACUGGGCAAUGUGAAAAGCAUCUCGAAAAUCUUGUCCGAUGCGGGUGUGGUCACUGGUUUGAUCGGAAAGAAACACGUUGGACCGGGAGAAGUGUUCAAGUUUGACUAUGAACGGACCGAAGAGCAAUAUCCGGUCAACCAGGUCGGGCGAAACAUUACGAAUAUCAAGCUGUUUGUUCGGGAGUUCCUCAAGGAUAGUAAAGAGAAGGAUCAGCCUUUCUUCCUGAUGGUCUCUUUCCACGAUCCUCACCGGUGUGGGCACAUAACUCCUCAAUAUGGCCCGUUUUGCGAGCGCUGGGGAUCUGGAGAAGAAGGCAUGGGAUUGAUUCCAGAUUGGCAUCCGAUCUAUUACGUCUGGGAUGAGUUGAUCUUACCAUAUUACAUUCCGGAUACAGAACCAGCCCGUAGAGACGUUGCUGCCCAGUACACUACUAUAUCCCGACUUGAUCAAGGUGUUGGUCUGGUGCUCAAGGAACUGGCUGAUGCUGGAUUUGAUAAAGACACUCUUGUAGUGUACACUUCCGAUAAUGGACCACCACUUCCAGCUGCCCGUACGAACCUCUACGAUCCUGGAAUGGCCGAACCUAUGUUCAUGCGAUCUCCAGAUCCGAAAAGUCGCCGGAACGACGUUACCUAUUCCAUGACCAGUCACCUCGACUUGCUGCCCACAUUCCUCGAAUGGUUCAACGUAUCUUAUCCGUUUGACCUCCACGAAGAAUCCGACACCAACGUUAUAGACCAACAACACCCACCACAACCCGUCCUCACCGGGAAGUCCCUCCUCCCGCUACUCCAAGCCGAACCGCCCUCCGAUCCGGAUCAGGCCGUCUACGCCUCGCAAUCGUUCCACGAGAUCACCAUGGCCUAUCCGAUGCGGGCCAUUCGCACCAAACGCUACAAGUUGAUCCACAAUCUGAACCACCAGCUUCCCUUCCCGAUCGAUCAGGAUCUGUUCGUCUCGCCAACCUUCCAGGAUCUACUGCAGCGCACAGCCUCCAACCAGGAUCUGCGUUGGUACAAAAAUCUCCGACUGUACUACAACCGACCGGAGUGGGAACUGUUCGAUCUGAAGCUGGAUCCCGCCGAGAGGAAGAAUAUGGCCGGCAAACCGGUGGCCAAGGAGAUUUUCGAGAAACUGAAGGUAAGGUUGCGCCAGUGGCAGGAACUGACGGAGGAUCCGUUCCGAUGCAUGCCCGGAGGAGUGCUGCUCGAUACCGGGGAGUAUCUGAACAAUGCCACUUGCUUUGAUUUGGGUCAGCAAUGAUCGAAUCCACGUAAAUUAUGUGGAAGAGUUUUUAGAAUACUCAUUAGAUUUUAGGUGUUGGAUGUUUUUGGAGAUGUUUUAUGUCUGUGUUGUUUCAGAAUACAAAGUUUUAAAAAGAA